AUGCAAUUAGCUAUAAUUAUGUCAAAUAGGACCGUAGUUUUUUUUAUUGUCUACCAAUAUGAAUUGAAUCUCCUUAGAAUAUAUAAAAUCCGCUUGUUAGCGAUUUUUUCCAAAAUUUUUUAUUUUCUAUGGAAUUUGAAACUUUGCGCACACACCAAGAUUUUUUUUUUCCCCUUCGCUCUCUUCCCAGCGAACCAGAGAAGGAAAAAUUGUAUUGGUUCAUACGGCAAAUGGUUCUCGUGCCAGCUGGCUCGUGGAUUUUUGUGCCAUGGACCUGAAUUAAAGCCGUUGGGUUAUAUGGACAUUGAGAUACAAACCUAUUCUUAUUUCUACAAAUCGAAAUAUCGCCGUAGACCAAUUCGUUAA